AUGAGCAACGACAAGGAGCUCGAGGUAGAGGCUAACUCUCUUCGCAGAGUCGCCUUUUUCGGUGUUGCCAUUUCCACGAUGGCCACUCUUGUUUGUGUCAUCUCAGUACCGAUGCUCUACAACUACAUGCAGCACAUGCAAUCGGUCAUGCAGAGCGAAGUCGAUUUCUGCAAAUCUCGUUCCGGAAACAUAUGGCGAGAGGUGACUCGAACACAGGUGCUCGCCAAGGUUUCUGGAGGAGCUCUCAGAAGCCGCCGUCAAGCGGGAUAUUCCUCAGCUGGUGUUGAGGGCAGUUUUGAAUCGUCCUCCGCUGGCGGUUGUUGUGGUUGUGGGGUAUCGCCUGCUGGUCCUCCUGGAGCUCCGGGACCAAAUGGAGAAGAUGGUGCUGAUGGUCAACCUGGUGCACCGGGCAAGGAUGGACCUGAUGGACCGCCGGCAACUCCUGCUCCCCAACACGACUUUUGCUUCGACUGCCCAGAUGGGCCCACCGGGCCUCCUGGAAACCCAGGACCCAAGGGACCUACCGGAAACCCCGGAGCAGAUGGACAACCUGGAGCACCAGGACAGGCUGGACCUCCAGGACCUCAAGGACCACCUGGACCACCAGGAAACGAUGGACAGCCAGGAAACCCAGGAGCCCCUGGAGCUCCUGGACAGCUUCAUGAAGUUCCCGGUCCCAACGGCCCUCCUGGUCCACCUGGACCUCAAGGACCUCCAGGACCUGAUGGGCAGCCUGGAUCUGACGGACAACCCGGUCAACCAGGACCGCAAGGACCUCCUGGGGACAAUGGAUCCGCGGGAGCACCCGGACAGCCUGGGGCCAACGGAGACAAUGGACCAGAUGGGGAAACAGGACCAGCCGGAGGAUGCGACCACUGCCCUCCACCCCGUACAGCUCCUGGUUAUUAA